CAAUAGCCAAUGCUACGUCGUUUUGGAGACAUAAAUCAGAAGUCAGAAGAAACUCAUACACUUCUCCUUCAUUCUCCAUCUCUCUGUCUGAUCUCACACUUCCUUGUCUCUCUCUUCGUUCUCUUCUUCGAGCUUCUACGAGGGUCUGGUCUGAGUCUUAGGGGAAAUGCAUGUGAGAUUUUAGCUUGAAAUCAGCAUUUCAUUCCGAGACUCAACAUAUUUUUUUUUUAUUCGACUGUUGAAAAUUAUCAUCUUUAAAUGGCUGGAAGAACUCCAAUUCCCACUAAAAGCUCGGCACUUAUUGCCAUGAUUGCUGAUGAGGAUACCAUUACUGGAUUUUUGCUAGCUGGAGUGGGUAAUGUUGACUUGCGGAGAAAGACAAAUUAUCUUAUUGUUGAUUCAAAAACAACAGUGAAAGCAAUUGAAGAUGCAUUCAAAGAGUUCACCACAAAGGAGGACGUUGCCAUCGUUUUAAUUAGCCAAUACAUUGCAAACAUGAUAAGGUUCCUAGUGGACAGCUACAACACACCCAUCCCAGCCAUACUGGAGAUUCCAUCCAAGGAUCAUCCAUACGACCCUGCUCAUGAUUCAGUUCUUUCUAGAGUCAAGUACCUCUUUUCUGCUGAGUCUGUGGCCUCAGAUAGACGUUGAGAACUGCCUAUAUUCUCUUAAUGAGAUGGCAAAAACCAGUCCUCAGGCUGAUUGUUUAUUAUCUACUUUGGCUCAUGUGACGCACCUUUGUAUUUUGUGCAUAUCAAGUGAGUUGCUCAUCUGCAUCUAUCAGAUUCUUUUUGUGCCUAUUUGGAUUCUAGCUACCUAGAUUUUUAUAAGAAUAAAUCAUGACAACAUAAAAGGACAUGUUUAUCAUUGGCUAGUUGGUGUGAUUCUUUCCCUUCAUUUUCUGGCCUUGUCCAGAAUGUUAUAAGCUUAUUUGUAAGCACAUAUGAAUUUCCCAAUUUGGGUUUGUUUUAUGCAACCCCAAUUUAACUUUA